UCAAAAAGCCAUCCUCUGAUUCACCUAAAUAUAGUUCAGAAAAAACUAAAAGACCUAGAAGAUCUAGUAUAUACAAAGUCAAAUUCGCCAUAGACUCUGAUCAUCAAUCGAAAAAAAAAGAGGAAAAAAUUGAUGAAAUAAUAAAAGACGGUAAUAAUAAUGAAAAUGUUGAGUCAUCAAAGUCGUCUGCGAAAAAUUCGAAGGCCUAUCGACGUGCAUCUGCUCCUGCUCAUGGAAUGCCCUUUGUCUACUUUUCGACUUCGGAAAUUACUUCAAUACAUUACUUUGGACAGAAAAGUGAUAAAGAGCAUGAUUUGAAUAAACAAAACUAUAAAAUCUCAACAGAUAACGCUAAACAACCUGAGCAAAUUAGUGGUAAUACUUCUCCUUCAUUGUCUUCUCCAUGUUCUUCGAUAUCUUCCUCUUACUCGUCGCCUGUAUCAAGUCCUGCGCAGUCAACGCAAACGCAACAACACUCAUCUGACAAAAAAUCAUUACAGACUUUUAAUCCACCAUUUCAACCUGGAACAUUUAUUUCCCAGCCAGUAACUUCACCUAUUACCGCGAGGUCAAGAUCAAGAAGUAUUUCUACUGAAAACCAUAUUCCAGUCGGUAAUUCAUUGCCUAAUAUAGUUACUGCAGCAUCCUACCAAAAUCUUCCUUGGUCACCCGCUGUAAACUUUUUAGCUAGUUUAGCUCAGUCUACUUUGUCUAAACCAAUGCCUUAUGAAGAAGGUCAGCAAAUUGGUGAUUAUAUUAUUGGUAAAGUGAUUGGUCGUGGUGGCUUCUCCACAGUAAAAGAAGCUAUUAAGAUGAACAAUGAUUAUGAUAUAGAAAAAGCUGCUGUUAAAAUAGUACGCAAAAAUCAAGAAUCAGAUAGCGAUCGCAUUCAGGAAUAUUUAUAUAGAGAAAUCAGUAUAUGGCGUGAGCUCGUUCAUCCCAAUAUUGUACAAAUGAUUACUCGCGAAGAGGAUGAAUAUGCUACCUAUGUGUUUUCUGAAUAUU